ACAGGGAGAACCAGAGACCGACCCUGAGAGACCCGAGGAGAGAGAUCCACCCAGAGACACUCAUUCAUUCAUUCAUUCAUCCAUCCAUUCACUCAGCGCGCCCGGCAGCGCCCAGGCCAGAGCAAAUUCUUGCCCGCGUGGGGCUGACAGUCUCUUGGGGACAGAGCGCCAAAACGCGAUAAAUGAACUCGGGGCGGGCGGCCCAUGGAGCCAGGGCUGCUGCGUCCGGCGCCUGUGAGCGAGGUCAUCGUCCUGCAUUACAACUACACCGGCAAGCUCCACGGUGCGCGCUACCAGCCCGGCGCGGGGCUGCGCGCCGACGCCGCCGUGUGCCUGGCCGUGUGCGCGCUCAUCGUGCUCGAGAACUUGGCCGUGUUGGUCGUGCUCGGACGCCACCCGCGUUUCCACGCGCCCAUGUUCCUGCUCCUGGGCAGCCUCACGCUGUCCGACCUGCUGGCAGGCGCCGCCUAUGCCGCCAACAUCCUACUGUCGGGGCCGCUCACGCUGAAGCUGUCGCCUGCGCUCUGGUUCGCGCGUGAGGGCGGCGUCUUCGUGACGCUCGCCGCGUCCGUGCUGAGCCUCCUGGCCAUCGCGCUGGAGCGCCUCCUCACCAUGGCUCGCCGGGGACCCGCGCCCGCUGCCCGUCGAAGGCGCAUGCUGGCGCUGGCGGUCGCCUCCUGGGGCGUGUCGCUGCUCCUGGGGCUAUUGCCCGCGUUGGGCUGGAAUUGUCUGGGCCGCCUGGACUCCUGCUCCACGGUCCUGCCGCUCUACGCCAAGGCCUACUUGCUCUUCUGCGUGCUUGUCUUCGUCGGCAUCCUGGCCACCAUCUGUGCUCUCUACGCGCGCAUCUACUGCCAGGUGCGCGCCAACGCGCGGCGCCAGCAGGCGCGCCCCCGGCCUGGCCCCCUGAGCCGGGCGCGCCGCACGCCGCGCUCGCUGGCCCUGUUGCGCACACUCAGCGUAGUGCUCCUGGCCUUUGUGCUAUGUUGGGGUCCCCUCUUCUUGCUCCUCUUGCUGGACGUGGCGUGCCCGGCGCGCGCCUGCCCCGUGCUCCUGCAUGCUGACCCCUUCCUGGGUCUGGCCAUGGCCAACUCGCUUCUGAACCCCAUCAUCUACACCCUCACCAGCCACGACCUGCGCCACGCGCUCCUGCGCCUCGUCUGCUGCGGCCGCCGGCGCUGCGGCCGGGGCGCGGGCUCCUCCCCGUCGUCCGAGAGUGUGGCUGAGGCUUCGGGCGGCCGGCACCACUGGCUGCCCUCGGGCCAGGACCGCAUCUCCAGCCGCUCCGAGCGCUCGUCGCCCCAGCGGGACGGGCUGGACACCAGCGGCUCCACCGGCGGUCCCGGCACGCUCACCACAGCCCAGACCCUGGUACCCGCACCGCCCGCAGACUGACGCCCUCUGGCCCGCCACUGCCUUCCUAAGAAACUGUUUUGCAGACUUUUUCUUUUUAAAUAAAGGGAUUUGUAGGAAAGGCAGUAGAAAGGAGGCAGAAGAGACGCAGGGAAAUGUAUUUUAUUGACGUUAAACCCCACGGCAGUUAUCGCAACAGACACAAAUCGCUGCCCUUGUGGAACCCAUUUUCUGGUGGGGACACAGGCAAUAAUGGAGUGAAGAUAUAAUGGGAGUAAUUCCAGUGACAAUAAAAUGAUGCGAUGGUGGUCAGAGUGACAGAUGAUGUGAGCUGAGAUGUCAUUGUCCUGGAAACAGCGGAAGGAAGAGCAUUUCAGGCUGCCGGAACAGCAGGUGCAAAGGCCCUGGGGCUGGAAUGUGCCUGUGUGUUCUAUGAAAAGCAUGGAUCCCGCUGCAGCUGGAGCAGCGAUGAAGGGCGAGAAUGGGAGGAAACAAAGGCAGAGCAAUGAUGGAGCAAAUGGGGCAGGGCCUUGUGGGAUCAGGGGAGGACUUUCCUUCUGCUCUGUGUGAGAUGGGAGCCAUAGAGGGUUCUAGGCAGAGGAGGGACUUGACCUGGCUCAGAUGUUGACAGAUCUCUGUGUGGGGUGAAGGUAGAAGCUAGAACAAGGUGAAGAUGACUGCACUGACCCAGGGGAGCGAUGAUGGGGACUCAGACGGUGGGGCUUCUGGAUCGAUUUUGGAGGUAGCGCGACAUAAUUCCUGAGGAAUUGAGUGUGGAAAUGACAAAAAGAGUGGAGUCAAGGUCAGCUCUCCAGUUUAGAAGAGAGGACCGCCAAAGACAGGGCCCCCUAAAAUUUGACUCUGGGAGACUCAGCCAGUUCCUCUCUGAGUGUGGUGUCAGACCCCUCGUAAAAAGUAAAAAUAGAAUAAAAUCACAACAAUGACA